AUUUAAACAGCGGUGUUAGAGCAGAGGCAGGAUUGAAGGCUUGUGGUUUGGUUGGCUUUCCUGACUGGACAGGCAUUUCCCUAAAGAUCCCACUGCUUAUCAGACCUGCUGCUGAAGGUAGAUUCCAGACCCUAAAUGCUUCCAGACAGGAAGAUGUAUGCAUCAAGGACCAGACCCCAAAAUAAGAGUGGGUUUGACCCACUGCCUGUUGUGAUCAUAGGGAAUGGACCUUCAGGAAUCUGUCUCUCCUAUUUGCUGUCAGGCUACAUCCCUUACUUCAAAAGAGACUCUGUUCAUCCUCAUCCCAUUCUUCAGAGGAAACUGGAAGAGGCACCUGAUGUCUCCAUUUUGGACCAGGAUCUGGAGUAUCUGUCUGAAGGCCUGGAAGGACGAUCCCACAGCCCUGUGGCUCUUCUGUUUGAUACUCUUCAGCGUCCAGACACAGACUUUGGUGGAACAGCAGAAUCUGUCCUCACUUGGUGGCAGGAGACUGACAGAGCCAUUCCCCACUUGGUCCUUGGCAGAAACGCUCCUGGGGGUGCCUGGCAUUCUAUUGAGGGCUCUAUGGUUACCCUGAGCAGAGGGGAAUGGAUGGGACUCCCAGAUCUCCCCUUCAAAGACUGGCUAAAGCAAAAAAGAAGAGGCCUCAGAAACAACAGAGCCACAGCAGAAGACAUUGCUCAGUAUUACCAACACUAUGUGAUGAAGAAAGGGCUGCAGAAGAAUUUCAGAUGUGGAACUGUUGUGACCUCUGUGAGGAAAGUGAGUGCAGAGAGCAUCUCCAACCAUGCAGAGAAAGACCAGCAGGCCAACAGUGACUCGCUCUGGAACUUCAAUGAGAGAAGUACAGAGGUCUUCCAAGUAGAUGGGUUUUUCAAAACUGUGGAAGGUGACAAGGAGCCCUUUUCCAUCUAUGCAGAGAACGUGGUCUUAGCUACAGGAACAUAUGAUAGUCCUACCUGGCUUGGAGUGAAGGGAGAGAACCUUUCCUAUGUCUAUCACCAGUUGUCUGCCCUAGAGGAAGCAGUGAAGAACAGUAGCAUUGGCAUCACAUCAGAUCCAGUCUUGAUUGUGGGUGCUGGUUUGACAGCUGCUGAUGCAAUUCUCUUUGCUCAUCAUUGCAAUAUUCCAGUAAUCCAUGUUUUUCGGAGGGGAGUCAGUGAUCCAGGUCUUAUUUUUAACCAGCUCCCCAAAAUGAUGUACCCUGAAUACCACAAGGUCCAUCAGAUGAUGAAAGAACAAACAGCUGCUUGUGCUGGGCCCUAUGAAUGCUAUGUUAGCUUUCCUGAGCAUCACGUGCUGUCCUUUGGCAAGGACAAGAAAUGCAUCUUGCAGGACAAGAAUGGCUGCCAGAAAGUUUAUAAAGUUUCCAUGGCUCUUGUUCUAACUGGCUCAAACCCCAACCUCUCCUUUCUGCCAGAUAAUGGCAUUGGCUUGGCAGUGGACAAUGGCCAACCAGUCAGUCCAAAGAGGAAUCCCAUAGAUGUUGACCCAUUUACCUAUGAGUGCACUCAGGACAAAGGGCUUUAUGCUCUGGGACCUCUGGCUGGAGACAACUUUGUGCGCUUUGUUCAGGGAGGGGCUCUGGCUGUGGCCAGCUCCCUGUUAAAGAAAGCAAACAAAAAUCCUCCUUAACAACAAACCCUCUGCUGACCAUCUGGAUGGGUUACUGCUGUCUUCAGAGAGAAGCAAGUCAUCUGAUUUGGACAUCCUCAAAUGUAAAGCCCACUCCUCAUAUUCUCCAAGGCUCUACAGAGAGUCACUAAGUUAUUGAAUUGAGGAGAUUAAGACACUAAAACACAGUGUGGACUUCACAGAUGGCAGUACCUUCAGUCCCUGGGAAUCCUAGGCCCUUCCCUGCAUAGCUAUGGGAGCUUUGACUCUUCUCUGGAGAAGUAGGAAGCAAGAGAGAGACUGCACUUCUAUGUGGACCUUCUAGGUUGCUGAAAAUGGAAUUGGGGAACAAUCAAUGCUAGUUAAUUUCAAGGUCAACAAACCUGUGUCUGCCGGUGUCUUUUUCAUGAAGCAAAGUGAGUGACAUGGGUUGGUUUGCCCCUGUGGCUCAGCUGUGUGUUCUUAUUUGACCAGAAGUCACUGAAAGGUGCUGAAAUCACAGAAAUUCCUGAAAGGUGGACCAUCUCUGACCCCUGAAGUGCUGCCACUCUGCAAGUAAACUGACACAGAAACAGCCAAAAAACAAUCAUCUCACUGACACCAGCAACAAGUAACCUGCAAUAUCACAGGAAUCUCUUGAUUAAAAAGAAAUGCUUUUAUCCCCCUCCUUCUUGAGAAGGAAUGGUACUGAUUUACAACGCCUUGGUUUGCCAUCUUGCUGCUUUCUACUUUCUAACUCCUAAAACUGCAACAGCCAAAUUCUUGGCAGCUGCUGUAGAGAGAGCGGAACUAAUGAGAAGCUGCUGAUCUGCCUUGUAUCUGCCCAGAUGCUGUCUGGGGCUUCUGCUGCACAGACUGUUUCAGGAAGAUGCAAUAUUGCCUAUUGAAUUUCUAAUGUAAUGUGAUUUUUGAGUUUUAUUUUUUUAAGAACAGGGGAAAUUGGCACUGUCACUUUUGAUAUUUCUGUGCUGUGUAUGGCAGGGUUUUUAUACUGGUUUUCUAAAAGCCUUUUAUUGGCAAAACUGCUUUGUUACAAGCUUGCCGUCAGAGUUGUGAAUGAGCUGGAGGGGGUGGGAAUGAUACGUUCUGUCGCCAACAGCAUUCUCAGCAGGGCCUUUCAUACCUCUCAGGAUAAAAAAACAGAGCUGUAACUAAUCUUGUUUGAUGUAAGGACAGGCUCUGCUCCCUGUGCUGCACUGAAACUGUCUCUACCAGGUGCUGCACCUGUCUUUGGAAAGCUGAAUAGACAGGGUGGUGGGAUGCUUGUAACUAGAUCUCCCUCAAGGUGAGAUGGGUAAGGAGCUUCUCUGUGGUGUUGCCCUAUCACACUUGAAUGGUUUUUGCCACUGACUAUUAUUGUAUGAAAUUUUUCAAUAAAGUGAUUUCAGAAUUA